CAAAUAAUAUGCGAACCAACGGAAAACAGUGAAACCCAAAUUCUAACAGAAAUGGACUGUUUAACCCGUCCAACGCUCACGUGACUACUACGUCGGCGUUCACUUUUUGCGGCCCUCUGUAUAUUUUCCGGCCGAUCCCCGGCAAAACAGCCUGCCUCGUGUCAGCUUGUCCUACUCACGGGUGAGGAGCUGCAAUGCUCUGCCGUUUGAUUUCAAAGAAUGCGGGGGUUCCAUGAAGUUGAACUGAAAGUUCUAGACUAUGAGUUAGAUCAAUAUGGUGUUGUGAAUAAUGCUGUUUAUGCAAGUUAUUGCCAACAUGGUCGUCGAGCUUCUGGAGAGGAUUGGAGUGAAUGCUGACCAAGUGGCACGAACUGGUGAUGCAUUGGCUUUACAAGAAUUGACACUCAAGUUUCUUGCUCCUCUAAGGGUGAGGGUGGCCGACUCAUCUGCUGUUCGACUCUUCUUUGAACAUUUCAUCUACAAACUUCCUAGCCUAGAGCCUGUUCUGGAGGCAACAGCAACAGCAGUUUGGCUUGACAAAAACUAUCGUCCUGUCCGAAUCCCUGCUGAACUGAGAUCUAAGUUGGUUCAGUUUCAACGGCACGAAGAGGCAAACUGAACUUGGUGGAAUCCAUAAUUGGAAUUCAUAUGGGAUGUCAAUUGUGGGAAGUGACAGCUUACGACCAAUUGUUUCAUCAAAUUUAACCUUUUUAAUUAUGUAUGAUGCUAGUUAGUGACUCUUUGAACUCUUCAUUUGAAAUAAAUAAACUGUGAUAAAUUUUAAUUGAUCA